GGGAAUUUACCUCUAAACGUAGAAAACUUCCUCAUCACUACGAAAAAAUGUAAUUGCCAUUUGAAGAAAAAAUAACUGCAGAUUUAUGGUCUAUCUUAUAUUGGAUCAAUGUGGACAAGGUCAUGCUCCAUUUUCAAGAAGAUGCCAAAAUUCAAUUCUUCAGUUGUGACCCCUUGCUCCAUCAUGCAUGGAUUCUGCAGGCCAUCUUCUGUAUGGAAAAGACAAGACUAGUAUCCUGAGUUAACAUGGAGAUUUUAGAUCUCCCAGAGGAGGUACUCUUGUUGAUUUUCUCAUAUGUUCCACUGUACAAUCUCUUCUUCUCUGUCCAGCAAACAUGUCUUGCAUGGAGGGAUCUGUGCUUCCACCACAGCUUGUGGGGCACGGUUCACUACAGCCAACAGAUUGACGAAAAGCUGACCGAAGAGGAACUGCUUUCAGUCCUGAAAUCAGUGUCCAGAGGCCUACAGCAUCUAGUUUUUGAGAAAGCUUUCCAGCAACGGGAGACCAAUUUUUCAUUCCUAAAAAUUCUUAAGUGUAUUUUACAUCAAGACGUGGAUGUGAGUAAUAUCUCAUCACUUAAGAUACCGUCGAUCCCAAACGGGUAUUUAGAGCCCCUCGUGGAUAAAUGUUCAGGAUUGUCUUCGAUUGAAGUCAGUUAUUAUUACGCAUACUGCAGCAAUGGAGAAUUUUUCGUAACCAUGAAAAAACUUCCACAUUUGAAAGUGUUCAAAAUAACGGAGAGCUCCAAGUGUAUUGAAACAUUUGCUGAACCUGCCUUCCAUCAGAACAGGUUCAAUGAAAUGCUUGCAGACAUGUUCAGCGGUCUGUUGGAAUUGGAAGUUGUUCACAUUGCCAGUGUGAACAAGUUAUAUGACUCUACUCUGUGUGCUCUGCUAGAUGCUUGUAAAAACAUGAAGGAACUUGCUCUGUAUGGAUGUGAUGGUAUAUCCAAUGCCGGCUUCCAAUCUUUACCGGAAAAAUCAGGAAUUACCUCCCUUCAUUUGAAUUCCACCAGCGUGAAUGACAAAGGAAUGGAACACAUUUGUAGGUCUUGUCCAGGUCUACGCAAAGUCUCGUUUGCUGGCUGUAUGUAUGUUACAGACAUUUCAAUCAAACAUUUAUGCACCCACUGCCCUAACCUUGAAUCUCUAUGCGUGUCGGAUCCGGAAAUCUUUUACCACAAAUCCAACAUAACGGACGGAGGACUGGAUUAUUUAUCCCAGAAUUCCCAUGCACUGCGCUCGCUCACCAUGUGUAACAGUGCUCAGAUCUCGGACCUGGGCUUGGACCAGCUGGCUCGGAGCUGUUGUAACCUGAUGCAGCUAGACGUGUCCGGAUGUCUGUCAGUCUCGGAUAACACACUACAGGUGCUAGCGCAGCACUGUAACCAUCUCCAGACCGUGAACUUCAGCGAAUGUGUUCAUCUGACCGGCAAAGGCAUCAACCCAUUGGUGACGUCCUGUAAAUGGCUGAAAACACUGAAUGUGGCCAACUGUCCAUUUGUACAGAAUCUGAAUUUCGAAGCGUUUGAUCAGAUAGAGACUCCCUAUGAUAGAUAUUUAAAAGAAAAAGAAAUAUUGUCAAAUCUCCCUGACAUAUUGAAUGAUGAUAACGGCAGAGUAUCUUUGGCAGCAGACCCCGAGUUGGUGGAAGAGAAUAAUCCAGAAAACAGCACGCAAACAUGUGACAAUACAAACCAUAAAACAGACGAGAAAUCAGAACUGGACAGAACUAGAGCUAGAGCAAACUUUCUGAAUGCCCUGACCUGUUCAUCGAUUCCUUCACCCAAAGUCCAUUCGGAACUACGCUUCCUGAACUUGGGCCUGUGUUCCAAGGUCACCGACCACUGUCUACGCCAGAUCGCAAUGAAUUGCCCGGACCUACGCGAGCUAGACAUUAAGGGCUGCUUCAACACGACGGAUCUGGGAAUAUCGUACAUCGCCCGGGGGUGUCAGGGACUGAAGCUCCUCAACAUCUCCAGCGGAUCCAUGAUACAGAAGAUGUGCCUGACUGACCAGUCUCUGGUAUCCAUAGCAACGCACUGUAAGGGCCUGCGACAGCUCUUCAUAGAGAAGAACCCUCUGAUGUCAUUGGACGGUUAUAAGAAUCUCUUUGAUCACUGCUCUCUGCCCUGCACCGUUUCGCUGACGACCAAAUCGCCGGAGAUUCUGAAGACGGACAUACUGUCGAUGGAUAGCAGCGUGAAUUCUUGUAAGAGAGUGAAUGUGUUCUGUAGGGGCUGCUACAAAGGGAAUAUCUACCACCUGGAUGUGCUGUUGUACAACUCUGACGGACACAUCCUGGAGUAAUUAAUUACCUUUAAUUAAGUGUUAGCUUUAAUUAAGUGUUUGUUGGGGCAAUAUACAUAGAUACUGUAAACCAAUUAUUAUAGGUAUUAAUUUUAAUUCCUGAGUGGCAUUUUAUAAGUAAAAAAAAACUGAUCCUAGACAAUUGCAUGAAAUUUCUUUGUGUAAGGAUUAGUUGAUUUAUUUCAUACAGAGACAAAGACCGUUCCUUGACAAAAUAAUCCACAAGUAGAGAUUACUUUCGAAUGUCAAGGAAAUUUAUCAUACAUAAAAUACUUGGUUUACAGUUGCUGUCAGUUGUGAAACUUUUUAACCGGUUAAACCAUAUAACCAGUUCAUCCUUCUUGCACUAAAUAUACAAAUGUUCAAAAUUACUUCACAAUGUUUCCGCUAAUACAGUGUCAUUUUGAUAAUAUAUCAAUAUAAUAAUGUUAUUGCACUUACCUUAAAAAAUGUAGCCCUCUCCUGUUUUUUGUUUGUUUGUUUAUUUGUUUGUUUUUUUAUUGGGGGGGGGGGGGGGGGCGAGAAAAGACUUCGCAAGAGAUUUUAUUGCAGUCAUUUCACACUCUGACAAUUCGGCUUAUGCGUUUCUGCAGCUUGAAAGUUGUAAUUUUUUCUACAAGUUCUAGUAUGCCUGUUCUUUACAUAUAUUUGAGGAAUUUAUUUAAAAAUAUUUUGUGCCAUUAAAUUUUGCAUAAUGCUACUUCUACAAAGAAACCUGUACCUAUAUGCCACAUAAACUGAUUAGCUUAAAUUAUAUUUUCCGUCCCAUUUUAUUUAUUAGUAUUUUCUUAUUUUUUUGUGUUUUUGUAAUUUGUGUAUUUUAUAUUUCAAUAGUUAUUAAAGUUGAAUUUCUAUUGUUAAAAAUUAAAACCAUUUACUAUUAAAACCAUUAAAUAAAUUCAACCACCUUA